AUCGUCAAUCCGGUUCGCCAUGGCCAUGAAUCGCAUCCCGGGUGAAAAUAUCUACAUUGGAGGGUUGGUUUUGUCUCUCGUCCGGCCAUCUUCUCCGUCAAGAAUAAGGCCGCCUUAGCUCGGGCAAACAUCACGCAUAUCCUUUCCGUCUUACGACUGCACCAGGCUGAUGAGAUCUUCGCGCCGUUUCAACAUCAUCAGAUCGCCGUUGACGAUGUCGAUGAUGAGAAUCUCCUCGAACACUUCCCCGCGGCCAUAAGAUUCAUCCAGUCCGGCCUGGAUUCUGGUGGCAGUGUAUUGGUUCAUUGUGCAAUGGGCAAGUCCCGUUCCGCAACCAUCUGCAUCGCAUACUUGCUUCACCAACAGCCCUCGUCACUAACGCCCGCAUCUGCACUGGCCAUUCUUCGAGAAUCCCGACCAUUAUGCGAGCCCAAUGAAGGUUUCAUGGAACAGCUAUCUCUCUACCACCAGAUGGGCUGUCCAGAUGACGUGAUCAACCAUCCCAUUUACAGCCGUUGGCUGUACCGUCGUGAGGUGGAGGAGAGCGUUGCAUGUGGACGCGGACCUGAACUGAACUCUGUAUUAUUUGAAGAUGACCAGUCGCGUCGGACGGCGCAAACAGAAGAUGGACCGAUCGAGAUCAAAUGUCGAAAAUGCCGACGCAAGCUCGCCACAACCCCGUUCAUAAUUCCCCAUGAACCACAUCAUUCUCGCCUUCAGAAUCCAAGCCUGAACUCCACCAAUACGGAAUGUGCGCACAUCUUCCUACACCCACUGACAUGGAUGCGACCAUCACUCUUCCCAUCGGGGACCACUGCUGAAUCUGAACCAUCUUCGGGGUCUGGGCUUGACAACUACUCGUCUACAGAGAUAGCCCCGUUAUCCGGACGUCUAAUCUGUCCCAACCCCGCGUGCGGAUCCAACAUUGGCAAAUUCGCCUGGGCAGGCAUGCAAUGCAGCUGUGGCAAGUGGGUGGUCCCCGCGAUGGGCGUGGCUAAAGCCCGAAUCGACAUUGUCGAUCGCUCGAAGACAGGCGCCGGCGGGCCUAGUAGGAAUAGACUACCACCCGCGGUGAUGGGGAUUCGCCUACCACCUAGCAUGCGAGGGCUGGAUAUGGAUGCGGGGGGGCGAGGAGGAAAUCUUUAAUUUCGUUUAUUAUUUACUAUUUCUUAUUAUUAUGAUCGCUUAGGCAGUUUUACGAGAUAUCCAUGGAAUACAUAUGCAUGUGCCAUGCAAUGCACGGGGGAGUUAGAUAACUAAUUUCCUGGUUCUGGAAUCUGUACGAGCUUCCAGAAUCACGGCCCGGUCUGUUCUAUCCCGUCCCCAUUCUAACGCUUCUGGAAACAACGGAGGAAUAUUCCCGAUUUAGACUAGCGCAGAAUAAACCGUGGAAGCCUGAAGGUUAAAUAAUUAGUAUGACUACAGGAGAUUAUUCUCGGUACUUCCUACC